AUGAACUCGACUCAUCGUUUCCCAGCCUAUCGCAACAGCAGAGCAGCACCGCGUCGCAGGCGCGAUUCCCCCAGCGGAGGAGAUGCUCGCGGCGCCCGACUUCGCGUGGAGAAUAUCCACUACGACCUCACAGAGGAGGAUCUCGAUGAACUUUUCAGAAGAAUUGGCCCUAUUACGAAGUUACAACUGCGCUAUGACCGCUCUGGUCGGUCUGAGGGCGUUGCCUUUGUCACAUACGAAGACAAGGAAGACGCUGCUGAAGCCAUCAAACAGUUUGAUGGUGCAAACGCCAACGGCCAGCCAAUUCGGCUGACUGCGCUGUCAAGUGGUCCCUCUCGAAACCCGUUCGAUACCGCCGUGAUGCCAGGAAAGCCCCUGUCAGAACGUAUUUCUGCUCCUGGUGGCAGGUCCCGAUCCCUCUCCCCUCACCGAAGAUACGACGAAGAAGACGCUGCUCGUAGAGGCAUUGAUCGAUACGUUCCAGGUAGUGGUAGCCGUUCACGGAGUCCUAUGCCGCCUCGUCGUGGCGCAGGAGGACGUCGCCCUGGUGCCCGCCGCGAAGGUGGAAGAGAUCAGGAUUCGGCUCGUGGCGGCCGAGGAGGCCGAGGAGGAGCAGCCCGUGCUGAGCGAACCAACACUCCUCGACCCAAGAAGACUCAAGAGGAACUAGAUGCUGAGAUGGAGGAUUACUUCAAUGCCCAUGGUGGAGCUGCAGAGCCUGCCGCUUCUGCGGCAGGCUCUGCAGCUCCAGCAAGCGAAGCGGCCCCUGCGCCGGCUCACGUUGAUGACAUUGAUAUGAUUGAGUAA